UUCCAUGUGCAUCCUCCCCCUCCUUUAUUGCAGACAUACCAAAAAAGAAAAGAAGUCAAAAAAUGGUGUCUUUAAGUUUUAGUUCCUUUAUGCUUGUUAUGCUACUCUUCAUUUUUCUUACCAUAAAGGAUACAAUUGCUCAUACUGAUGAUCAAGCUAAACAAAUAGUCCAUGAGGCUGAAAUUGACAUCAUCAGGGAUCUAAGGAGUCAUCUGAGUGUGAAGAAGGAAGUUUUGGAUGGUGUACCGGCAGCUGCGGAAUUCAGCAAUGGAAAAAUGGGAGGAAGAAAAAUGAUGAUAGAGAUACAGAAAGAUAUGAAGGAAGUGAAGAAAGCUGAUUCAUCAGGAAACUACAAUAGUCCAUCCAAUAGGCCGCUUGGUGACUCACGAAAGAACGUACAUCAUCAGGGCGAUGAGAGGGAAAAUUCGAUGAUUAAUCCAGAAAGUAGACUCAACUCGAAGAACUCAUCCACUAAGUUAGUUUCAACAGAUGAUCAAUUUGAUGAUAAUGGAUCAUUUCAGAAGCUUGAAUCAGAGAAACUUGUGGACGAUUCGACUGAGUUUUUCACCAUGAUGAACAAAGACUAUGUUGGAGGUCCAGGAUCUGGAAGCAAACCCCAUCACAAACCCCCAAUCAACAAUUUUCAGCCUCUCCAUACAUCAAAUCCUUAAAAUUAUGUUAAUUUUUUGGUUUUGGUUCAACAAUUUUGGCCUUCUCAUAGGAGGGAAACUAAACACUAACCCAAUUUUGCUUAGUGGCAUGUACUAGUUAAUACUAUAAUUUAUUUUCUCU